UUGGUCGGUGGAUAUUGGAUCAUUCAACAGCCGACCGUGUCAUAGUUUGGAAGUGAUUUGGUUGAUAGGAGAAUGAUUCGACCCGUAAUUGUAUUAAGUUUAAUAACACUUUUAAUCGUUUCUUCACCUGCCUUUCAGCUCAAUUUCCAAUCCAGCAAAUCGUUGGGGAGAUUGUGGAUUCCGUUCAGGCCUUUCGGGCCGUUCUACCUGUCGCCGUUGAUUGCGACAUCGACCAUUACGGCGACUCAACUCGUUCCGACAACUUACACCCGGACCAUCGACAUCUACUGUCUGGACGGCGAUGCAACCACUUGCGCGGCCCGUCGCAAACGGACGGACCAGGAGCAGAUGGUCUACAUCGACGGCCAACCUUUCCAGCCCUCGCAAGUCGCCAGAUUGUUGCCAACGGAAAUGCCGGCCGAGUCGAGUGUGUUGCCUCCGCCCAGCAGCCGCCCAGGUGCCGCAGUAGUGACAGCUUCGAUGAGGUCACCAGACGAGCAAUUCUUUCCAAAACGGCAGAGCCGGGCGAGAAAUGGCCAAUGGUUUUUCGCCACGACAACAACAGUUACCCUGACAGCUGCGACUGUCGUCAACGCGACCAGCCCGGAAUCGAUCCGCAUUUCCAUCGUCGGCUGCAUCCCAAAUUGUUUGACCACAUUACCCCAUUGUUAAUUGUUCAUAUCAUAAUUUACGGAUGGCAUUGAACAAUACAAACACCGGCCAAUCAGA